UGGCUUCUUAACUGGCGGCCUCUUCAGUGUAACGUUAAAUUAACCGACACCUGCGACAACAAACAACUCAAAGGAGGGAUUUUGUUUCACUGGCGUUAAAAGAGAUGGAUGUAACAAAGCUUCAGGUUUUUUAUUAGCGUGUUUUAAUGUGGACCGACGCGGUGAUGCUGCCUCUCUCGGGUAAACCGCCUGUUUCAGGCUGAGUUUUCGGCAUGACAGGAAGAAAGAGAUAUCUGCAACAACUGUCAACAUCUCUUUUAAAAGUCAGCAUCUCAUUACCUUGCUAUCAAGAUUUCCCACACAGAUUUUCAAAUGAAAAUGGAGGAUAUGCCCCUGUCAGGCCCAGACAACACCAGGCUGGAGGCCCUGGUCCAUGACAUCUACUCUGAGCUGGUGGAAGAUGCCUGUUUGGGCCUGUGUUUCGAGGUGCAUCGCGCUGUGAAACAGGGCUAUUUCUUCUUGGAUGAAACGGACCAAGAGAGCAUGAAAGAGUUCGAAAUUGUGGAUCAGCCAGGUGUGGACAUAUUCGGCCAAGUGUACAAUCAGUGGAAAAACAAAGAGUGUGAGUGUCCAAACUGCAAAAGAUUGAUAGCAGCUUCUCGCUUCGCCCCGCACUUGGAGAAAUGCCUAGGCAUGGGACGCAACAGCAGUCGCAUUGCCAACCGAAGGCUGGCGACCAAUAAUAACAUGAGCAAAUCAGAGAGUGAUCAGGAAGACAAUGAUGACCUCAAUGAUAACGACUGGUCGUACGGGGCAGAAAAAAAAGCCAAAAAGAGAAAGUCAGAUAAGAAUCAAAAUUCCCCAAGAAGAUCCAAAUCUCUAAAACAUAAAAAUGGUGAGCUCGGGGGCGGUGUCAGUUCUUCUGAUCCUUACAAGUACAACUAUAAUACUGGCAUCAGUUAUGAAAGUCUAGGCCCUGAUGAAGUCAGAUCUCUCUUAACAACGCAAUGUGGAGUGAUCUCUGAACACACCAAGAAGAUGUGCACCAGGUCUCAGCGAUGUCCCCAGCACACGGAUGAACAGAGGAGGGCCGUCAGGGUGUUCCUCCUGGGGCCCUCCGCGCCGUCGCUGCCAGAUGCAGACGCUGUGGUGGAGAGCGACAGCUUCGACAUUCCAGAUGCACAAACCCUGAUGAGCCGGCUGCAGUGGGAAGACUCCCCGGAUAUUUCACCCACCGACUCUGCCUCAUCUAAAACCAGCACCAACCAUUCAGAUUCUAGGAGGCCCAAGAAAAAGAAGAGGACGUCUCUCGGUUUGAUGAGUGGUGGAGGAGGAGGAGGAGGAGGAGGAGGGGGUGGAGGAGUAGUAGUAGGAAGCCUGACUGGAGGCGGAGGAAGUCUGACUGGAGGCGGCGGCAGCAGCAGCAGCUGUCAGAGUAAUAUCAGCUUAUCCACCAAAAAAAAGAGGCCCAAACUCUCAGCACCUUCUAUUUCCAGUAUCUAUGAUGACUUAAACUAGCAUAAGCCCCGUCUGUAACCUUGUCUAUUAAGUCCCUGAGUUCAUUUACAAGCCUGAACAGGACGGGACGAAACUUGACUUAGUAGUUCUUAUUAACUCCGCCUUGACAAGUAAGUCAUUUUAAGUGAAAAUUUCUCCUUCUGUGGUAUGAACACAGCGUUCUAAAUAUUGUGAUUAAGAGUCACAGAGUAUCUGCAGGAACUGAAUGGAAAAAAAUCCACCUUAUAACAAACUUUACCCAGCAUUAUAGUCUCCAAGCAGGUAUUUAAAUGUAUUCUGUUGCACUGUAUGGACAAAGGUAUGUUGACACAUGAUACACUCAUUAACAUUAUCAUUUACACCUGUGCUCUUCCUGCUAUGACACGUCAAAGUGUCUGGCAUGGAACAGGUCUAUCAGGAGUCUUUUUCUUUGUUCAAAAUCUUUCUUUUUACCUCUAGUAUGUACUGAAGCUGCCUGAACAAAGUCUGCACUGUAUUUGUACAGUUUGGAGAUGCAACUUCGUCAUAACAGUGCCCCUUGAACUUUCACCCACUUGUUAUAUAUGCUGUGCAGAAGAUUGUGGGUCAUAAUAGCCAGAGAAGCACGUUUGCUUGCAUACAGCAAAAUGCAGCCAGAUGCAGUUUGACAUCUGGGUAUUUUUAGGAUACUGCGUUUGACCACAGGUCAACAAUAAAUUAGAAUAUCAUAGAAAAGUUUAUUUAUGUCAGUAAUUCAAUUAAAAAAGUGGAAAUAAAACAUUAUAUAGAUCCAUUACACAUCUCAUGUCUAAGUUUAUUUAAUUUCUUCUAAUUAUAAUAAUUAUGGCUUUUGUUUAAUGAAGACCUAAAAUUCAGUGUCUCAAGAAAUUUGAGUAUUACAAAAAAACAAUUUUUAAAAGUAUGUUUAAUAUGGAAAUGUUGGCCUCUGAAAAGUAUGUCCAUCGAUAUGCACUCAAUACUUGGUUGGGGCUAUUUGACUUGAACUACUGGAAAUUGAUUUUUCCAUGACAUACUAAUUUAUUGAGAUGCACCUGUAUAUAUUUGGACACACUAAAUAUAUAUAUUUUUUAAUAUUCUAGCAUAUUAAAUAGUAUUGUACUAUUGGUAUGGACCUUUUAUUUGCCCACCCUUAUUUUGAAAGUUUGCACAAAAUGUCCUUUUACAACUAAAUUCUUGAAGACCUAUUUUUCUUAAACUACAAGUUUAAGACCUUUUGGUAUGUGUAGUCUGUCAGAAAAAGCCCAGAAUGUUUUCCUCUAAGCGUGAAACAUCUUAAAUUUCUGAAACCUUCAGGUACUCUGUUUCGAGUAGACCCUGUGUUCAUUUCACUCAUUCUUGAGGAGACGUGUGGACUUCAACUUUUUUGAACGACACUUGACAGGCAUUUACUGGACUACUCAUCAGUGGCUUUUUAAUUCUAGCAUUGUAUUGCACUGUGUUUGUGUGUGUGUGUGUGUGGGGGGGGGCAUUUUAUGCCAGCGAACUAUACUAAAAUGCCUUAACCGCGUCGCCUGCAUAAAGACUGAUGAAUAGGCGUGCGUACAGGCACGCAGCGUGACGCUCGUCUGUCCAUUGAAAGUGAAUGGAAUUUACACGCGCACGUUAGAGGUUUGAUGUCAUCGCAUAGGUGCUGCGUUUUAGUAUAGUUCGCUGGCAUAAAAUGCCCCUCGUGUGCGUGUGUGCGUGUGUGUCUUGCAUUCAGUGUGAACGUCACUUUUUUGUGUAUGUGUGAUUAGAGGGUGUGUAUGUGUGCGAUCACCUAUAUUUUCAUAAAACUAUGCAUCCUAGAAUGUGACAUUUUGUGAAAGUAUGUGUGCCAUUUUAAAUAUUUAACUUUAUUUGUUUACAUCAAUGAUAUAUUUAAGUUCCUACUUGUCACUGCCUUUAAAGCUAUGUGUAUAUUAUUUGUGUGGAGAAAAAAAAUGCAGAUUUUGAUAUUUGAUGAGCGGGGAGGCUUUUGGGGCACAUGUACAGUACAUUUAUGUGUGAUAAGUCAUAUGGAAAAUUAAUCAUGAAUUUAAUGUAACUUUCUUUAGUUAGUUUUUGCUUCUGGAUAAUCUUAAGUAGGUCAGAGCUGCAGUUCUACUUAUUAUUCACCAUGAGUGAUAAGUCUGUCAGCUUAUAUAAUGUCUAGUAAAAGUUGUAAGAUGUCCUCCGUGCUUUAGAGGUCAGAUGCACUAUUUCUCUAAUCUUAUACUUGCAACUUUUGCCAGUUGAUGUCUUAAAGAAGCUUUUUGUUUUAAAUUUGUUUUUCUUCUUUUCAAACCCAAAGACUUUACAAUAACACCUGAAACUGUAGAGUCCAAAAUGCAUAGUUUAGUAUAAGGAUGAUGUAUUUUGUUUGUUCGCUGUAAAACUGAGGGACUUUAUGAAAAUUAUUAGCGGGUAAAAGAGUAAAAAGAAAAAGGGUUCAGUUUCAGUUCUAAUGCUCUUUUUAAUUAUUUCUUUCGAGUAUUUCUGCCACUAUUUUAUGUGAAGUCCAAUUUAGAAGGAUCACUUUUCUCUCGACCUUCGAACGGGCCAAAGUUUAAUCCAACCCUUAGAUAUUGUCUUUUUUCUUUUUUUCUAACAUUUUUGGGAAGAGGCUUUGACUUUUUCUCAUCCCAGAUUUAAUUUUAUUCUUCCCAUGUCAGAUUUAUUUUAGAUAACAGUGGCCAAUUCACUAAUUUGGCAGAAAUAACAGUAAAUUAAGUCAGAAAUUGCUUGAAUAUUCGCCAUGUUUUUAUGUUUGUUGAUAUUUUAUCUCCAGCUAUUGGGUGAAGGCUGUUCCAUUUUAUUCCAAGUCAAGGGGAGGGUUAAAAAAUAAAUUUAAAUGUUUAAUAUUGUGGUGAACAAAAUACAAGAUUCAAUCUCGCUACCCACCCAAAAAUAGUUUUCAUACCGUCCUUAAAGUCAGCCGCAUUCAGUUGUCUUAAAUGUCGUGAACAUGACAAUCCAUCAAAGCCUGAUAAAAUCUCCAGUACAGUUAAAGGGACAGUUUAGACAGUUUUUCUAAGUGGUUUUGUUUGAGGUACUUAUUCAUAGUCAGUGUAUUACCUACAAUAGAGGGUAGUCAGGACCGCCAGUUUGAAGAAGAACAGGCACGGAAGCUAAACAAUACACUGCUGUACACAAUAUUUAUAUUAUUUUCACUGCUUUGCCUUGCUGUCAGGCAUCCCUGUUUAAGUUCAUGCGUAAAAAUUUUAGUCGUUCUCUGCUCUUGUCAAAGCCCAGACCAGAUCCUGUUGACAAAAACAGUAAUUUUACCUCACAGAACACGAGUUGCCGUUCUACAGCUGCCUCCGCCUGUUAGUUUGUGUUAUUGGGUGACUUUGGUGUUUUAAAGGGUUCGUUUGGAAUCACCAAAGUCACACAAAAAAGCAAAUAAACUAGCCGGUCGGGUCAGCAGGAGACCAGAAACUCCUGUGUUUUGUGGGGUAAUCUGGUGGCUUUGACUAGAUUGUAGAUCAAUUUACGGCUUCAGUGCCCAGUUGGAAAGGGUUGUCUGAGGACAAGGUAAAAAUGUGAAAAUAUUCUAAAUAUAGCGGACACAUAUUUCUUUGUUGUCUUGCUGCCCCUGGCCACAGCUAGACACUGCUUGGCUUCUGUGUUGGUACUCCAAUCUGCUUUUUAAAUCUGGGGACGUGUCGACAGCCAUCUACUGUAGGUUAAACUCUGACUUUGUUAAAGUGCCUCAUAUAACUCCACUUAAAAGAAUCCAAUCUAUCCCUUUAGGAUUUGUAUUAACUUUGGCAAUGCCCCUUUUAUAUUUUUCCAGUAAAGUCUUGUGAUGUGCACUAAAAGUAAAUGAACUGUUAUUGAGAUACUUUUGUAGGUGUGAUUUAGAUUCUUCAGCCACUUUCUGUGGAGGAAGCUAACAGCUGAUGUUCUCUUGUGGCUCUUUGUUUAUCUGUGUGCAGUACGAGUGCAAUAACAUAGAACGUGAUAUUGUGAGUUUAUAGUAUUUUUCCAUGCACAAGCUGUUGUAUAUGAUCAUGUGUAUAUUUUUCUUCAUGCCAUGCAUACUGGUGUUUGUAUAUAAAUAAACACAAACGGUAA